GACAAAUCUCUCCCCCCCCCCAACCCCCUGUUACCGGUUGUGUUUUCUGGACGCGCCAUGCAAUCUCGCUGGUGGAGUUUGGGAUUCGUCUGGUGCGUGGACGUGGAUUUGGAGUCUGGCAUUGCCUGGAGCGUGGUGCAUUCCCGCAAAUGAAGUGAACCUGCUGGAUUCUCGCUCUGUGAUGGGAGACCUUGGAUGGGUGGCCUAUCCUAAGAAUGGGUGGGAGGAGAUCGGGGAGGUAGACGAGGACUAUGCCCCCAUCCACACCUACCAAGUGUGCCGGGUCAUGGAGCAGAACCAGAACAACUGGCUCCACACCAACUGGAUCCUGACUGAGGGAGCUCAGAGGGUCUUCAUCGAGCUUAAGUUCACUCUAAGAGACUGCAACAGCCUCCCUGGCGGCGUGGGGACCUGCAAAGAGACGUUCAAUAUGUACUACUACGAAACAGACGGCGAUGAGGAUGAAAUGGAGUAUGGAGAAAUGAGAGAUGGAACAGGGAUGACCGAAGAGGAGGACCGGGCAAUGAAGGAGAGUAGAUAUAUUAAAGUGGACACAAUAGCAGCUGACGAGAGCUUUACUGAGCUGGACCUGGGGGAUCGUGUGAUGAAGCUCAACACUGAAGUCCGGGAUUUAGGUCCCUUGAUCCGGAAAGGUUUCUACCUGGCGUUUCAGGAUCUUGGGGCCUGCAUCGCUUUAGUCUCAGUACGUGUUUUCUACAAACGCUGCCCCUUUCUGGUGAAGAGUUUGGCCGAGUUUCCAGACACCAUCCCAGGUUCAGAGGCCUCGCAGCUGGUGGAAGUGGUGGGACACUGUGUCAAUAACUCCCUGCCUUUAUAUGAGCCUCCAAGGAUGCAUUGCAGCACUGAGGGAGAAUGGCUGGUGCCUAUUGGGAAGUGCGUGUGCCAGCCCGGAUUUGAGGAAAUUAACGGAUCAUGUCAAGGUAAGAGGAGAAAGUAG